AUGUCUUCUACAUCCUCAUUCCUCAGCAGUGUUGUGCUACUCGCUUGCGCUUGCAGAACCGCCACGGCGGCGAACGCAUUUCCAGGCGGUAUUAUCAGCGCUGCUACUUUGUUCAGUGGGCCAGCAUCGCCCAUUGUGGAUCUUGGUUAUGGAAGAUUCCAAGGAAAAGAUGACAACGGCACUGGUACACACAACUAUCUUGACGCAAGCAACUAUGGACCUGCUUGCCCUCAGCAUGAAGCAAAUGCCUUACUCGCAGAUGGAUCGCUGGAAAAGCUCGGUCUCGGAAGUCUCACUGGUAGUGUAGAGGCUUUGCUUCUCCAGCCAGUCCUGGGAGAAAGCGAAGACUGCCUCAACAUCAACGUUCAAGUCCCAAAAGGCUAUGAAGGCCAAAAGCUCCCCGUCGUACACUGGAUUCAUGGCGGUGCUUUCGAGGUGGGAUCCAACGCUGCAUUCCUGUCCCCUCUUAAUGCCUUGCCUGGCGUUUCGUACCAAGGAGCAAAGAUCGUCCAAGAGAGUGUUGCGAUCAACCAACCAGUCAUAUACGUCUCCUCGAACUACCGUCUCAACUCUUUUGGAUUCACUGCCUCCAAAGAGUUUGCUGAUGCAGGGCUUUUAAACCUUGGCCUCAAGGACCAAAGAACGGCAAUGAGGUGGAUCAAGAAGAACAUUUCCAAGUUUGGAGGAGAUCCGGACAGAGUGACGAUCUGGGGAGAAUCUGCUGGUGCCUGGUCCGUCAGCGCUCAUCUCGUUGCAAACAGCGGCAACAGUCAGGGAUUAUUCAGAGCCGCAAUUGCACAAUCGGGAGGUCCCGUUAAGGUGGAAGGCCCUGCACGCCAACAGCCAAUCUUCGAUCGAAUGGUCGCCGCUGCAAAAUGUACGGAUGCAGCAGACAAGAUCUCAUGUCUACGAUCGGCGUCAUACGAGGACCUCUAUUCUUCUGYCCAGAACGAACCGUACUUUGCUGGAUAUCACAGCCUGGCAUCCCCUUGGGCUCCUCGUCCAGACGGCGAUUUCCUAAGGGCUAGUCCCCACACUCUCACCGAGCAAGGAGCUGUAGCCAAUGUACCUAUCAUGAUCGGUGAUAUGCGCGAUGAGGGAACGCUCUUCUCGCAGGUCAAUCACCUCAACACAACAACCACCGAGGAGUUCAAAGACUACUUCAACACAAUCUACUGGCCAAUGGCGAAGACAAGUCAGAUGGAUGAUCUCGCAAAACUCUACCCACAGGACCCUUCAGUUGGAUCCCCCUACAAUACAGGCCUGCUCAAUGCAUUGACCCCUCAAUACAAGCGUAUUGCCUCAUUGACCGGCGACUACAGUUUCGAAUCGCAGCGUCGCCAGCUGUUACAACACGCACCCGGGAAGAAAUACACAUCUCUAACCGACAACAGCCUCUUCGAGCUUGGCGGUACCACUAUCGGCAACGUCGUCAACGUACCAAUUCUAGGUUCCUUCCACGGAAGCGACAUCUUUUUCUACGACUUUGGAACCCUCCCCGUGCCUAAUUCAAAGAACAUUAUGGAUACCGUCAUCUCUUUCGUUUCCACUUUGGAUCCCAACAAUCAUGGUAAUGGAAAGCUCCCAAUGUGGCCGGAGUGGACCCCUGAGCAAAAGGAGAUGUAUCACUUUAUUGAGUCUGGACCGGAGGUCAUCAAGGAUAAUUAUCGCGAGGCUGCGAUGGAGUACAUCAACGCGAAUGCGGACUCAUUUUUGAUUUGA